UUGAAGGGUCAAACCUGUCAGUGUUGUAGUAAAGGUAAGAAAGCAACUUUGAGUCUGUUGCUGUUACUUUGUUACCUGUACACAAACAAAAAGGUAACCAAUACACACUAACAUCAAACUCGUGUUUCUCAAAUACCAUUUUUACCUUACUUUACUUUCUUCUUCUCUCUGUUCUCUUUCUUUUCUCUCAAAAGUGUUAUCAUCUCUCUCUCUCUUUCUUUCUAAUAUUUAUCAUUUUUUGUUGUUCGCAUUGAAAAAGUUUUCUUGUGAUUUCUCAUCAAUUUUGAAUGGACAUUGGUCAUUUCUCUCUCUUUGAACGUUUCUUUCAAUUUUCUUCGGAUCAAAUACUAGAAAUACUAAAAAGAAGAGAAGAAAAAUUGUGAAAAUUCAUCUUCUCUCUUUCUCUUUGUGAAAAAUCAUCUUUUUUUUUCGUCAUCAUCUUCAUCAUCUUUGGAGUAAAGUGUCUUAAGAGCAACUUCUUACUCUCUUGUAACCUUAACCUGUUCUUGUUGUUUUAUAACAAGAAAAACAUUAGAAGUUAAGAAGAAGAUAAAAAAAGAGAAGAAAAAAAAAAUCAAAGGAAUUUUCACCGGAACGGGAUAUACUAUUUAUCUUCAUCUUUUCAUCAUCAAUAAACUAAUCACAAUGAGAGUUAAUUGUUGUGAUUAUCUUGUGCUGUCCUUAUGGACAUUGAGUUGAGCCGAGUCAUCAAGCUUGACCGGCAAUCACCAAUGACAAUGAGUUGUAAUCAUCCUAAUCAUCAUCAAAGCAACUUAAAGUGAAUUGUGAAUAAUAUAAUUAAAACCCGAAUUAAUUUAAAGGAUUACAAUUAACGAAACAAAUUUUUUUUAUAUAUAUACAAAUUGAAAAACAAUGUUAACCCAAUUGUUGCUGGAUAUUAAUAAUAAUACUAUCUGUGUAUGUUUAACAAUCAGUUAAUCAUUAAUAGUUUAAAAGUGAAUUGGAUUAAAUUUUAAUCAUAAUCAUCAUUAAAUCGUACGUGUUGUUAAUCUGAAUGCAUGCCAAUCAUUAUGUUCAACGAUAAAAGUGAUCGUAUGACUCAAACCUUAACCUGUCGAGUUCAGUACCUGAACGAUAUUGACCCAUUCCGAGCAUCAACUAAUUUCCCUGAACCACCUCGACCUCCUCUCUAUUCAUUCAAUGUAAAUAUACCGUUAAUUAAUCAAAUUGCGGGAGUACAUCGAUUACUUCAAGCACCUCACAGACUCGAUGAUUGUUCAUUACAAUUGUACAAACACCAAGGAAACAGUGAUACCGUCAACGAAGCUGAUUGUUAUGGACCUUACCUUGAUCCAGAAUUAACAAUUAGUGAACAAUCAGAGGACUUUGAAGGUUUCAAAGACAAUCGCAAGAAUGCAAUUAUCCUUAGGAUCCGAUUAUCGGUUCGAGUCCACUCAAUUAUCGAAACGUUGCUCAAUUCAUCGGGAAGUAAUUUAAGACGAGCUUUAUUUACAUUGAAACAAAUUUUCCAGGAUGACAAAGAUCUGGUUCAUGCUUUUGUACAAAAUGAUGGAUUAGCUUGUCUAAUUAAAGUUGGUUCAGAAAAUGAUCAAAAUUAUCAGAAUUAUAUUCUUAGAGCUUUAGGUCAAGUAAUGUUAUAUGUUGAUGGUAUGAAUGGUGUAAUUGAACACAAUGAGACAAUCCAAUGGCUUUACUCAUUAAUCUCAUCUCAGUAUCGACUUGUUGUGAAAACUGCGCUCAAAUUGCUCUUGGUGUUUGUUGAAUAUCAAGAUUCAAAUUGUCGCCUCCUUUUGGAAGCUGUAAAUAUUGUUGAUUCGGAAAGAGGAGCUAAACCUUGGCACAAUAUAAUUAAUCUUUUGAUUGAGAAAAAUUGUGCGGACAUGGAAUUACUCAUUUUCGCAAUGACCCUGGUCAAUCAGACACUCGCGGGUAUUUCAGAUCAAGAUACUUAUUAUGAUAUUGUGGAUUCACUUGAGGAACAGGGAAUGGAGCGAACCAUUCAAUAUUAUAUUUCGAAGCAGGGAAUCGAUAAUGACCUUUUAAGACAAUUUCAAAUAUACGAAGCUGUACUUCGUCAUGAGGAUGGUGAAGAUGAAGGUGAAGUGUUACCUUUGGAUGCUCGUCGUUUGAUACCUCGAAGUAGAUCGAGAGGUUAUUUGGGUACAAGUGAAGAGGAAAGAAGGAAAAGUCGACGACAUUCAACUGGUAAUUUACCGCCGAAAACUUCGUGUAAAAUUACAUCGGAAGUUGUACCUUCAUGGCAGCGAAAAGUGAUUGAAACAACGGAACAAUUUAAAGCAUCUCGAUUAAAGGAAAACUCCUCUGGUCAUAUGGUUAAUGGACUAUCAACGAUCAAUGGAGGAUCAACAACUACAACAAUCGGUCAACAAUCAACAGGUAAUACCAAUGGUUCAAUGAAUUCAACGACAACCGGAACCACAACCAUUGAAAAACAGCCUAAUGGUUCAACAGUGACCACAACCAGUUUAACCUCGGACGAUAUUACACCCGGACUACGUAGACGACGGGAACGGGAUGCUCGUAAUUCAAGUAUGAUUAAAACACAAUCAGAUUAUAAUUUACGUGGUCAACGAGCCUCAAUAUGUUCCUGUUCAUCAGCUGAUUCCUAUGGGUCAACCUCAUCUUCUGGAGCUUCAUCCGCCUAUUCAUUGGGAAGUAAUGAAGAGAAAUCACCUCUAAUUGAGACAAUUAAGUUGGUUCCACCAUUAAUUGUUGAAACCAAAGUAAGACCCAAUUCCAUUGGCGGUGGUGGUCAAGUCGGUGGUGGAGUGACCAUUGAAGAUGAACUUAACAAAAGAAACAAAGAAUUCACUUCCUGGGAAAACGGAACUGACCCAAACUAUACUAAUGGUGGAUCCAAUCUCAGAGUUUCUGGUUUAAAUACAACGAGUAACGAGAAAAAAUCAUGGAUGCUCUCAAUGAUGUAUGGUAAAAAUUCAGAGAUUGAUGAUAAUAAUAAAGAUCAUCAUCUAAACGUAACCUCAUCAAAUGGUAACACAAUUAAUGGAUUGGUCAACAAUAAUAACACAAUUAACAACAACAACAACAAUAACAAUAACAAUAAUAUCAACAACAAUAAUAAUAAUGAUUUAGUUAAAUCACCAACAUCACCUAAAUUGUGGUCACCGAUUUCAAAUUCAAGUGGAUUACCAAUUACCGUUGAAAAAAUACUCGGCUCAUCAAUUGGGGUUAAAAAUAUACAAGAAAGGAUAUUAAAAUCACCCAGCCCAGCGGGUGGACAACGGUCAACCAAUAAUAAUAAUGUUAAUAAUAAUGUUAAUAGUAAUAAUUUAAAUAAUAAUAAUAAUACAAUUAACCUUAAAGGAUCAGGAAUAAACAAAGAUUCAACUGGUCAAGGGAUUAAACCAGUUCAAGAUCAUCUUCAUUGGGAUAACUUGACCAAUGCACUUUUAUCUCGUCCAUUAUUUAUUAAUGAUCUUGACUUUACCGAUCUCAAAUCGGACGAUGAUCAAGAUAUAUUUCAAGCCCAUUUUGAUACAAUGGACUUUUUUCAGAAUAACGAAGGCUCAUCACCGAUACCACCUCCUCCUCCACCUCCCGUUGAUCCAGGAUGUGGCGGUGUACCACCUCCUCCACCUCCACCUUCAAUGAUGUUGAUUAACAAUCAAAUUAAAGGUAUUUCACCAAGACCUUUCGAUCAAUCUGGUCCAUCACCUCCAUCUCCACCUCUAACCAAUCCAUCAUUUCUACGUCAAAAUGGUCUAAAUUCUGUACUGGUCAAUGGUCGUCAACAAAAUACUCCCUCACCCACACCCGAUGGAAACUCAAAGAAUGGAACUUUAAAUAAGAAUAAGAAAACAGUGAAAUUAUUCUGGAAAGAAGUGAAAGAAGACAAAUCGUUAUUGAGUCGAUUAAAGAAAAAGAAAACCAUUUGGGACGAUAUUAAAUUAGUCGCAAUCGAUACUCAAGCAUUAGAACAUCUUUUCGAGAAUCGUUCAAAAGAAUUGGCCUCGAAGGAGAAAACAACUGAAGGUAAAAAGAACGAGCUAAUUGUUCUAGAUGCUAAAAGAUCAAAUGCAAUUAACAUUGGAAUGACUAAAUUACCACCACCGAGAACAAUUAAAACAGCAAUCAUGAAAAUGGAUUCAACGAUAAUGAACCGAGAUGGAAUUGAGAAAAUAUUAACAACCAUGAUGCCAAGUGAAGAUGAGAAAACCAAAAUCACGGAAGCUCAAAUGGCUAAUCCUGAUAUCCCCUUGGGCAGUGCUGAAAAUUUUCUGUUAACUUUGGCCUCAAUCAGUGAUCUUGAGGCCCGACUUAAAUUGUGGGCAUUUAAGCUGGAUUAUGAUGCUAUGGAGCAAGAGAUUGCUGAGCAGUUGAUGGAUUUAAAGAAAGCCAUUGAAGAGAUUGAGAAAAGUGAUACUUUUAGAAUUAUCUUGGCCACACUUUUAUCCGUUGGUAAUUUUCUUAAUGGAGCUGAAGUGAAAGGCUUUCAGAUUGAAUAUCUCUGUAAAGUGCCCGAGGUGAAGGACACUGUCCAUAAGCAUUCACUGUUACAUCAUUUGUGCCACAUUGUCAUGGAAAAAUUUCCCACCUCGACUGACCUUUAUAGUGAAUUUGGUGCAGUGACCAGAGCUCAUAAGAUUGACUUUGAUGAAACUUCCCAAACAAUACAGAAAUUGGAAUCAGAUUGUAAAAUAUCUUGGGAUUAUCUUAAGGUGAUCGCUAAGCAUGAGGAUAAAACACCGAUGAGAACGAAAAUGUCCGAAUUUUUACUCGACUGUGCUGAAAGAAUAACGGUAUUGAAGAUUGUCCAUCGACGGGUUUGUAAUCGUUUUAAGAAAUUGCUCAUUUUUCUUGGCUUCUCAUCUUCAACCGCCAAAGCCACUAAACCACACCAAGUAUUAAAGAUUAUCUCUGAAUUUGCCCUGGAAUAUCGGACAACCCGAGAAAGAGUGAAAGAACAAAUUGAGAAAAAAGCUUCCCACCGGGAGCGAAACAAAACCCGCGGUAAAAUGAUUACAGAGACUGAUAACUUUAAAUCAAAAGAGCAAACAGCUGAUCAGAAACUUCGUAAAGUUUUGGACAAUGGUUAUGGUGACCUGGAAAAUGACCCAAAGGUAGCAUCCAAAUGGGGUACACUUCCUGGUGCUCGAACCCGUCAAAGGUCAAACAGUACCUAUGAGAACCAUUGUAACACUUUAAAUGGUAAAUCAAAUGGUACAAUGGCCGAUGCCGAUGAUGAGAUACUCGAAAGUUUGGUCAAAAAUGUGACGGCUCAACCUCUUCGAGCUGACCAAAGGGCAAAGAGGAAAAGUCGCUUUGCUGAAAGAAAAUCAUUUCGAAGGACAAGAAACGUUUUUGACCUAUCGGAGGAAGAGCGGCUUAUGCUUGAUGCGAUAACAAGUUGAUCUUAAUUGUUGGUGACAAUUAAGAGACACAAUCAACCUAAUCACCAAUAACUAUCAUCAAAAUAUCAUCAAUUGAAUUUCGUUUUUUUCUUUUGUACUUUAACAUUAACACUUUGCAAUUUCCUCUUUUCCCCAUUCGAUGAUAUAAUGUAAACUCUAUGUAAAAAAAAUCUUCCUCUUCCUCUUCCUCUUUCUUUAAUUUAAUCUUCCUCUCUCUCUCUCUCUCU